AUGGAUCGCAACAGAAACGACAAUCAAGAAAAUAUCUAUUACAGUGAUCAACAAAAAAAUAUACCAAUCCCUGUAUUGGCAGCUAACAAUCACCAUUUUGACAUGUCAACCAAGUUUCAAGACUAUUACGACGAUAUAAUGAGCUACACAAGUGGUUAUCUUUAUACAUUAACAGAUAGUGAAGUCUCAUUAAAUGCAUUGUUGUCGGAACAUGGCUCACACAACGAUCCGUUAAGUGACCCUCAAUUCAUGGCAUUUCUUUCUUCUGUACCUACACACGAUACCACUUCUCAUGUGCCUCUUUUGACACCACAAGAAGUAGAAAAAAAAACUAAAGGCACAAAAAACCCAAUUCAUCCCGUCAAGAAAUGUACGCCUAAACCAAACCAAAGAAAAUCAACAUCUACAAAACUUGGUCAUUGUGAACAUCCUAAACAUGUUUACUAUCGCCAAGAAAGACAUUUAUUGAUGUCAAACUCACCAGAUGAAGCGUCUGUCAUGAAAGCUGUGCCGCGACGAGGUAGACCGCCUAAAGGAUCGAAAUCAACGGAAUAUGUCUUGUCGACUUCAUCUGUUCAUUAUAGCCAUGAAUUUAGCUAUUAUCCAUUAGUAGAAUUGACAGUUAGGCCAUUGCCUAAAAGACUUGAAGCGGUGGUGGGCAAGCCCAACAUCAAAGUAUGCCUGACAUGCCUGAAACGAUCAGACACAGAUCCAGAUUACUUGAAAGAUGCACUUUAUGUAGGUCCUCAACAACAAGCUUUCAAGCGUAGAAAAGAAUAG